UUCAAGUGUGCGCACACGUCGUUCACUCCCUCGGCUUCAUGUCUGCGUUGGUGCUCCGGUGAACACACACCAGGAUGACUUGAGGGGGUGUUCACCCGCUUCUCAAAGUGUGCUUUUAAUUACAGGAGGGCGAGAGUUUUCCGGACGGAGCGGCUCUUGUUGAAUGUAGCGUCUUGACAGAAGCGUGUAAAGCGUGUGACACUCCUCUCUCAGCAUGGAAAACACACCGCAGGACUACGUUUUUAUCUAAAUUUACUAUUUUAACUUUGGAUUAUGGAUUAUUCUACCAAUAGCCUGGAGGAUGUAUCCGCAGACAGUGCAGAAUUCCCAGACCGGACAUCUUCAAUGGAGGUGCGCCUCCAGGCCCAGGAGGACGAGAUCACGCUGCUCAAGUCCUCAUUGGCUGAUGCUCUGAGAAGGAUCCGCCUCCAUGACCAGCUCCUCCCCCUUCUCAAACAGCAGCUCAUUGCAGUGAACCCAGGGGCUGCUCGAGUGCUGAACCAAGUGUACUGCUCAGAUGGCUGCAGUAACAACAGAAAACACUCCAUGGACCGUCAGCCAACCCCCAGCCAUGUGUCCAACAACAGCUCAGUGCACAGUACAAAUGGCCCCACAGCAGCACCAGUGUCUGCAGAGCCCAGGACUGAACCCUCCACUCAGGACAAAUUCACCCAGACGGAAUUCCCUCUGCCCGAGCUAGAGACACCUCAAACCCGGCCUAUGCUGGACCUGAGCUGGGGAAUACGCAGCCUCCACCUGGAAGACGGCCUCCCCCAUGCAGAUACAAACGAGUCUGUUGAGAGCAGCCGCGCUAAACUCCACCGCGUGGCAGGUAUUGACGAAGAGGAAGAGGACGGAGGAGGGGAGGGGCAGGACAAGGAGCUGGGCUGGUCUUCUGCCAUAGAAGAGCCCAUCCAGCCCACCAAUAUCAGGAGCCUACAGAGGGAGGACUACCUGGACUGCAGCUCCUCUCCAGACGAACAGAGCCCCACCUCCACCCUGGGCAGGAGCCCCGACCAGAACCAACGAUCAGCCCCCCUGUCUCCCAUCCUGGAGGGAGACAAGAAGGCCUUGGCCAGAAGGAACAGUGAGAAGCUGCUCAGUGACAAGCCAAGGAAACGACUGGAGAAGAAGGCAGCAUCCUCUGCAAAUCUCCUGAUGCGCUCCCCCAGCCUGGAGAACCGGGCCAAGGACCUAGUUUCCAAUGCAGGUGAUGUGUCUCUCUUAUUGACAGUGCUGGUGCUGUACAUGUGCCUAGACGGGUCCAGAAGAGGAACCUACGGCCAAGGACAGUCUAUAAAAAUGUUCAUCAGAGGUCGGCCCAUUACUAUGUACAUACCCUCCAACAUCCACAACUAUGAAGACUUGAAGAUGGACACGCCCUCCGAGAGGCUAGAACUGGACUGGGUUUAUGGUUACAGAGGUAGGGACUGUCGUGCAAACUUAUAUUUUCUUCCCACGGGUGAGGCGGUUUAUUUCAUCGCCUGUGUGGUUGUGCUGUACCACAUCAACAACCGCACACAGAGGCACUAUCGCAAACACACGGACUGUGUACGCUGUCUCACCAUCCAUCCUGAUAAGGUACGAAUAGCCUCGGGUCAGGCAGCAGGUGUGGACAAAGACAAGCCGCUACUGCCUUGUGUUCACAUCUGGGACUCCAGCACCCUGGUCACUCUACAGCAGAUCGGCUUGGGCACGUUUCAGAGGGGAGUGGGAUCUGUUGCCUUUUCUUUUGCUGAUUCAGGUACUUUUUUGUGUGUGAUCGACGACUCUAAUGAACACAUGCUGUCAGUGUGGGAUGCCAAUAAAGGCACCAAACACGCAGAGGUCAAGAGUACCAAUGAGGCUGUGUUUGCUGUGGAGUUCAACCCCAGCGACAGUAACAACAUCAUCACCUGUGGAAAAUCCCAUGUUUACUUCUGGACCCUCAGUGCGGGGCAGUUUACCAAGAAACAGGGCAUCUUCGGAAAAUACAAGAAGCCUAAAUUUAUUCAGUGCUUCGUGUUCAGCCUGACUGGGGAUGUGCUGACUGGAGACUCAGAAGGGAACAUUUUGACGUGGGGCAAAUCGGCUGCAGAUAUCAAAACCCUUGGCAAAGGAGCUAAAGAGACUUUUCAGAUCAUGCGUCAGACCAAGGCCCAUGAAGGCAGCGUGUUCACCCUGUGCACUCUGCCUGGUGGAGGUCUACUGAGUGGAGGGGGCAAAGACCGGAAGAUAAUCCGCUGGAGCGCUGACCUGGCUCCUGAGAGAGAGUGUGAGAUUCCAGAGAAAUUUGGAGCGGUUCGGACUCUUGCCAAUGUUGAUGGAGUUGAACUUUUAGUGGGCACAACUAGAAAUGCUAUUCUCAGAGGAAGCUUCUCAGAUGGAUUUGUGGUCAUAGUCCAGGGCCAUGUGGAUGAGAUGUGGGGCCUGGCCACACACCCCACUCAGGAUGUGUUCCUCUCCUGUGGGAAUGACAAGCAGGUGUUUCUGUGGAACGCAGAGGAGCACAGGAUGGACUGGUGCACCACCCUGGAGGAGUAUGGCUUAUGUGCAGACUUCAGCCCUGUAGGAUCAGUGGUAUCAAUUGGCCUCAGCACAGGAAGGUGGCUGGUUAUGGACCUGCUGACGAGGAAGGUGGUCUCUGAGUCCACAGAUGGCAACGAACAACUGUCUGUCAUGAGAUAUUCCCCAGAUGGAAGCUUUCUAGCGGUUGGCUCUCAUGACAAUUUCAUCUAUAUCUACAGUGUGGCUGAGAAUGGCCGACGCUAUUCACGCUUUGGGAAAUGUAACGGCCACUCCAGCUUCAUAACUCACCUAGACUGGUCUAAAGAUGGGAAGUACAUCAUGUCUAAUUCUGGAGACUAUGAAAUCCUUUACUGGGACAUUGCCGGAGGCUGUAAACUAUUAAGAAAUCGCUAUGAAAGUAAAGACAGAGAAUGGGCUUCGUAUACAUGUGUGCUGGGCUUUCACGUUAUGGGGGUGUGGCUGGAGGGUUCUGAUGGCACAGACAUCAACGCUCUGUGUCGCUCUCACAGUGAGAGAGUGGUGGCUGUGGCAGAUGACUUCUGUAAAGUGCACCUGUUCCAGUACCCCUGUCCCAAACCCAAGGCACCAAGCCGCAAGUACGAGGGCCACGGCAGUCAUGUGACCAACGUUUGUUUCACCUACAACGACUCUCACCUUCUUUCUAUGGGUGGCAAGGACACCUGCAUUCUGCAAUGGAAGAUUCAGCGGGUGGGGGACAGCAGAGAGAGGCUAGCAUCUCUGUCUUCUACUUCCACCAGUUCUCCAGAGCCUACUGUUAGCUAGUGCUAAAUGCUUUAGAGAGCUGAUUUUGCAUGUGGACUAUUUUGCAAAUUUUGGCUAUGGACUGCUGAAGCCCAACAUGUCAUGUAAGAAGAGGAACACUCAGUUUCAAACUAAAAAAUAUCAAAGACUCCUUUUUUUCAGGUGACAAGUUGUUGAUGUUAAUUGUGAACAUUCCCGUUGAUGCCUAAUCUCAAUCCUGUUUACCAAAGACUUAUUUGUUUAUUUGUGUUCAUUGUCAGUGUUUGACUUCACAGCUUACAUAGAUACUGUAUAUUAUGCCAUACAGACUGUGACUGUUUAACUCUAAUACAUCAUGGUAUGCCCAAGAAGGAGUUUGAUGUUAUUUGUGUACUGUAUUUAAUUUCUAUCUUCAAAAUAAAAUAAUGCAAGAUU